AUGGCCAUCACAAAUGGCGGCCUUCUGGGCAUCUGCGCGACGCUCACAUUCUGGACCUCACUUGCGACGGUCGCGUACGUUCUCAUCACAUUCAUCUACAAUGUAUUCUUCCACCCGCUGCGGUCAUACCCAGGGCCGCUGCUGUGGAGAGCCACCCGGAUCCCCUACCACAUCCGGGUCCUGAGCGGCACACUCGCCAUCGACAUGCUAGACAUGCACAAGAAGUACGGCCCCGUGGUGCGCGUCGCGCCCGACGAGCUCUCGUUCGCGGACGCCUCGGCCUGGAAGGAGAUCCUGGGCCACAACCCCAAGGGCGAGGAGUGCGGCAAGUGGGUGCCCUUCUACCGGCCCGUGCCCGAGGCCCCCGACAACAUCAUCUCGGCCGACCGCCAGAAGCACGGCAUCAUCCGGCGCCAGCUGGCCCACGGCUUCAGCGACCGGUCGAUGCGCGAGCAGGAGCCCAUCAUACGGUCGUACGUCGACCUGCUGAUGAAGCGGCUGCGCGAGAACUGCGCCGGGGGUAGCAAGCCGCUCGACAUGACGGCGUGGUACAACUUCACCACCUUCGACGUCAUCGGCGACCUCGCGCUGGGCGAGUCCUUUGGCUGCCUCGAGCAGUCUAACUGGCACUCGUGGGUCGAGACCAUUUUUUUCCUGACCAAGGCCGGCGCUUACAUGCAGACCGCCGCGCACUACCCGACAAUCACGAGGCUGCUCCUGAAGAUGGUGCCCAAGACCCUGAUGGCGUCGCACGAGCAGCACGAGGUCUUCACGCACAACAGGGUGGCGAAGCGCAUGGAGCUGGGCAAGGUCCGCCAUGACCUGAUCGAGGGCCUGCUGAUGAAGCAGGAGGACUGGCAAAUGCCCCAGGUCGACAUCGAGUCCCACGCCGGCCUGCUCAUCGUGGCAGGGUCCGAGACGACGGCGACGCUGCUCUCGGGCUGCACGUUCCUGCUCCUCAACAACCCGGACGCCCUCGACAGGCUCACCAAGGAGGUCCGGUCCACGUUCAAGGAGGAGUCCGAGAUCAACAUCAACUCGGCCGGGCAGCUGCAGUACAUGCUGGCCUGCCUGGACGAGGCGCUGCGGUGCUACCCGCCCGUGCCCAUCGGCAACCCGCGCGUCGUCCCCGAGGGCGGGAGGGUGCUGUGCGGGCAUUACGUUCCCGAAGAUACCCACGUCGCCAUCUGGCAGUGGGCAACCUACCACUCCGAGGACAACUUCGUCGAGCCCUUCAAGUACCACCCAGAGCGGUGGCUCAACGACGACAACCACAAAUUCGCAAAGGACAAGAAGGAGGCGAUGCAGCCCUUCUCAUUUGGCCCGAGGAAUUGCAUAGGUCGCAACCUGGCGUACGCCGAGAUGAGGACCAUCAUGGCCCGCCUCGUCUUCAACUUCGACUUGAAGCUGGCGCCCGAGAGCAAGGGCUGGCUGGACCAGAAGAUCUACAACCUGUGGCAGAAGCCGCCGCUGAUGGUCCACUUGACACCGAGGGCUCAGAAGUAA